AUGCACACAUCUCAAGAUUAUCCUGAGUGUCCAAAGUGGCAUCAGACCGCUCUGAGAGUGACCAGCACUGCUGUUGGUAUCCUCGUGGCCACAGUAAUAGGACUGACUAUUUGGAUCAGCCAUCUGAGCAGACAUCCCCUCAGUGAUAACAAUAGUGAGAAGGUGUUUGGCAUUGAGAAUGGAAGCAAAUAUUGCAAUUGUACACAUAUUCCACCCAGUAAAUACCAGGACAAUACAAACUCAGCAGUAAAUUCUAAGUUAAAGCUAUGCCGUGAUGAUUGGCUGCAGAAAAAAGGAAAAUGCUAUAAAUUUUACAGAGUCUUUGAAUCGUGGAUCAGUAGUCAAAAAUUCUGUUCAGUAAAGAGAGCACAUCUUUUGAUGAUUCAAGACAAGGCUGAACUGGAUUUUAUACAGCGUAAUAUACAAGAUGGAAUUUACUUUUGGAUUGGAUUGAACACUACAGACACAUCAAAAACAUGGACUUGGCUGGAUGGCAACCCAUUAAAUCUACAAUUAUUUCAAGUCACGGGCCAGACUGAAGAGAAUGCUUGUGCUCUCAUUACAAAGAAGGGUGUAUUUUCAGAAAAGUGUUCCACUCCAAGUUACUGGAUUUGUCAGGAAGUGAUUUCUUCAUCUACAUAG